CUCGCUGGAAACUAGUCGCGACUCUCUUCACAUCACUGACUUGGUUGUAUAUUGUCAACAUUUUCGCUGUUUUCUUCUAUGAUAUUCACUCUAUGACUUUAAAAACACAAUGAAAAGAAGAACUAUUGAUCCUUCGAAACUUCGGAGACAUGGAAGGCGAUCUCGGAUCACUGAAUCCAUCUACGGAAGUGUAUUUUUAUAUAUAAGGUUUUUCUUGGUAUGGAUAUUGGUGCUUACUGCCGAUUUUCUCUUGGAGUUUCGCUUCGAGUAUUUGUGGCCUUUUUGGCUGCUUUUGCGAAGUGCCUACGACUCAUUCAAAUAUCAGGGACUUGCUUUCUCACUGCUAUUCCUUGCCUUAGCGUUGUGCUCUGAUCUGAUAUGUCUAGUCCUUCUUCCUGUACACUGGUUAUUUUUCGCUGCAAGUACAUACGUAUGGGUACAGUUUGUUUGGCAUACAGAUCGAGGACUUUGCUUACCAACAGUAAGCCUAUGGCUGUUAUUCGUGUAUGUCGAGGCUUCAGUCAGAUUACGAGAGUUAAAAAGUCUGCCAUUUCAUUUAGAUUUAUGCCGGCCUUUCGCAGCCCACUGUAUUGGGUACCCUGUGGUAACUCUUGGUUAUGGUGUAAAAAGUUAUGUAGGUUACAAGAUGAGACAGAGAAAAAUGACUCAAGUAUCAAAAGAAAAUGAGUUUUACAUGGAACUUAUAAACUUAGCACUUCCCAGUGAUCCUGGGAACUCUACGGAAUCAAAUCAAGAGAAGUCAUCUAGAGCGAUAUGCAAUGGAAAAGUAAAUGAUUCUGAGUCAGCAUUAUCAAAGUCCAGAUCACUUCCAGUCAUGACAAAUGGUAUAAACACUAAAUCAGAUGUAGAACUCUUGAUUGCUAAAGAAGCAGAGACAAGAGGAUUAAAACUAAGUGAUUACAGCUGUACUGGAGUCAGAGGCAAUCAUGCAGUUCUUAAAGACCUGGAUAAUAUAACCCACUUGAGUUCUAAGAAAAUAAGUGAGGACCAUAAUUUAAAUGAACUUGAUAAAGCACCUUCGGAAGGCAACCCAAGAGGGAAAAGAGUGAGUUUAGGAAAAGGCUUGUCUAAGAUGAAUGGCAGACUGCAUCAUACAAAAGAAGAGGAUGAUGAUGAUUCUGAUAGUGAUUCACUCAGCUUGUCUAGUAACUCUGUCAAUAACAGCAGGAAAAGCAGCAGGAGUAAUUCACCCAAGGUUAGUCUACUGGGUCAUGAUACUAAAGAUAAUGUUCAUAGUUUGCUGAAUCAGCUGAAAGAAGAAAAGUCACUAAGGCGUCGUGCGGAAAGUACAGUAGUUCUACUUGAAAACGAUAUAAAGAGGGUCAAGGUAGAGCUCCAAACAUCUCGUCAGUGUGAGUCAGAACUGAGAACUAACAUGCACAGUUUAAUGGCUAAUGAGAGGUCUGCCAAGAUAGAAUUACAACAACUCAAGUCUGAGAACAUUUCCAUUCAACACAAGAUCAAUACUCUCAACAGUAACCGUCAACAAGACCGUAAUACCAUCUCUUCUCUCGAGCGUAAGCUGAAAACAGAGCGAGACGCACGUCUUUUGGCUGAGAACCAGCUACGCGAAGAACGCAAGAAGCAGAAAGCAGAGUGCGCAGCUCAGAAGCAGCGUGAAGACACAACCAACUGCCAUGACGCUUGUAUAUCCUUACGAGAAGAAAUGGAAGAAGAAACGCGCCAGUUACGCAUGUUGCUCUCUGAAAAGGAUGACGAAAUCAAGCGUUUGGAUUUGGAAACUGAGUCUCUCCGACAGAAAACUAAAGAAGUCGAAAGUCAACAGGUGAAGAAAGAGACAGAGAUCCUUAUGAACGCGCUGACGGCCAUGCAAGGCAAGAACACUCAUUUAGAAAACAGUCUUAGUUCAGAAACAAGGCUUAAGCUUGAUUUGUUCUCUGCAUUGGGUGAAACUCGCCGUCAACUUGAGAUAGCUCAAAGUAAAGUAACAAGUAAGGAGCGUGAUAUCAUAACGUUGAAGGCCAAGAUCGCUGAGGUGAUGGCAUUGAUGCCUGCUAACACUUAUUCUGAUACACUGCCGUGUUUUACGUCCACUCACGCCGCGCUUGACCUCAACAGUAGCCUGGACCCGAGUGCCCCUUGCUACGUGCCGAACAAGAAGUCCAACGGCUUGCUUUAGAUCAUUGUGUUAUUGUAGUCGCUGAGACCAGUGAUUUGUAGAUUGUAGAUGCCCAUAUGAUCUAAUUUAUUAAAUACCAUUGUUCUAUGGAUGGAUAAGUUAACGCUGCAUGACAACAUUAUUCACUUGCAUUUAAAACAUAGAAAGUUUCUUUUAUUCAAAUCCUAGAUUUUUUUUAUUUUACCGAGUAACACACGUGAUGCAAGGGUCAUGAUUUCAUACCAAAGAAUAUUACUAACAGAAAUAGCUGAUGUGUAAUCCAUGUGUAAAGCUAAAAGACCUAAAAAGAAAAUGCAAGCGUUACUAACCAUUACUCAUAUCAUAAAGCAUGUCAGCCAUAAGCUAACGGUUGGACGUGAUGCUUAUGAAUAUGAUAUUUGGGUUAUUCAUUGUCGGGUUGAGAGUUGUCGCAAAGCAUGAUUGAACUUUAUAUCUAACCAUUUUAGUUYUGCAUUUAAGCUGUAGUUAAAAUAAUAUAUAAAUUAUAAGGCAAUUGUUUGUAUUGGCAGCUUGUUCUUAUGGCAUUGUUAGAUCGCCUUUAAUACUCUGUUAGUUAAUUGGGUUCUAACCUAUUUCUCGUUCACUGCAUUCCGUUAAACGCUUUCAUCCCUUCAUCAUAACAUAACAUAGCGCACUCCUAAUUCAUUGUUUGUCAACCCAUUGUCGUUUUAUUAGUUCAGGGUAUAUUAUUUGUUGUUGGUCUCAGCAUUUACUUGUUACAAGAGCAAAAUUCGGCGAAGAUAUCAAGUAUUAAAGACGGAUAGUUUAAUAAAUUAUGUUCUAAACCAUGA